CAGAGGUCUGGACCUGCUCUCCUGGGCCAGCUCUCCCUCCCGAGUCGUUUCCUGCGGGGCCCCAGGCCCGCAGACUGCGCAGCACUUCCGCCUCGAGCUGCUCAAGGCCUGAGGGGUCUGGGCCCCCCCCUCCGCAGCCGCUGUAGCCGAAGGCGCCCCCCCUGUCCUCGGUGGGCUGAUGGGCGCUCCCCUGUCCUGUCCUUGGCGGGCCGACGGGCCGACCGGCGCGCGGGCUGCCCCCAGGGCGGCUUCGGCGGCACGGGGCGACACGGUGUGUUUGCAGAAUCAUCUGCAGGCGCUGCGGGGCGACGACCGAUAUAACGAAUUUGGGAUACUUAGGGUUAAGGAGUGGGGAGAGCGCGAGCGCGCGGCGAGGGCGCUCGGGGAGCUCGGCGACGCGGAGGCCGUGCCCGGGCUCCUGGAGGCGCUGCGGGGCGACGCCGAUUCGAAGGUGCGCCAGGCGGCGGCGGAGGCGCUCGGGGAGCUCGGCGCCGCGGAGGCCGCGCCCGGGCUCCUGGAGGCGCUGCGGGGCGACGCCGAUUUUGACCCACGGCGCCUCUGGGGGGGCCCCUAUCCACCAGACCUCUACAAUUUGGGCCCCAGGCUCCGGCUCCCGGAUGUGCGCCUGGCGGCGGCGAGGGCGCUCGUGAAGCUCGGCGCCGCGGAGGCCGUGCCGAGGCUCCUGGAGGCGAUGCGGGGCGACGCCGAUGAGCAUGCGCGCCACUUGGCGGCGGAGGCGUUCGAGGAGCUCGGCGCCGCGGAGGCCGCGCCCGGGCUCCUGGAGGCGCUGCGGGGCGACGCCGAUUCGUCUGUGCGCCAGUUGGCGGCGAGGGCGCUCGGGAAGCUCGGCGCCGCGGAGGCCGCGCCCGGGCUCCUGGAGGCGCUGCUGGGCGACGCCGAUUCGGAGGUGCGCCUGGCGGCGGCGGCGGUGCUCGGGGAGCUCGGCGCCCUGAGGUCUGAUAGAUCUUGUUUUAAGACCGGUGACACAUAUGCAUGUUCAAAUUAUGAUAUUAAGAUCGUGUUCUUAUUAUAAGAUCGCGAUCUUAUUAUAAGAUCGCAACGCUUCUUUUCUGUAUGUUUGAACAUAUUUGAUAACAUAUCUUGUCAAUCUACAAUGUUACGACAUAUGUUUUUGAAUGUUUCAAUGUCUCGCGCGUGCUUCUCUUCUGUUUUUCUCUUGUGUACAUUGCAUGGCCAAAGAGUGAUCGAAUUGCGGUGACAGCACGCGGAAGAGAGCAGACAUCA